GCAGCGGCCAUUUUCCCGUAGUCCAGAAUAUGGUCAGGCCAAAGAAAUGGCUACCAGUAGCUGAGGCGUCCUACACUCAUAUAUGAAAAGGCUACCAGUUGCGCUUUAGUGGUCAUGUGAUUUCACGUCAUUACGUUCUUGUCGAUCCUGUGCCGCCAGCGUCGUGCUUCCGCCUGCUACUGCUUUUGCUGCGUUACUCGGGGUGGGGGGAAGGGGAGAGACAUCAGCAGUGUCGGUACUGGAGAUCAUGGAGCCGGACUCAGUAAUAGAGGAUAAAACCAUUGAGCUCAUGUGUUCUGUGCCAAGGUCUUUGUGGCUAGGCUGCUCCAACCUGGUAGAGAGCAUGUGCGCACUGAGAUGCCUGCAGAGCAUGCCCAGUGUCAGAUGUCUCCAGAACACAUCGGUAAUGGAUGAUCAGAAUGAAUAUGAAUCCCCAAAGAAAAACACUUUAUGGCAGAUAAGUAACGGAACAUCAACCGUAAUUGUACCCAGAAAACGCACAUCUGAUGGAAAUUAUGAGAAAGAAAAGGACUUGUGUAUAAAAUAUUUUGAUCAGUGGUCUGAAUCAGAUCAAGUGGAGUUUGUUGAGCACCUUAUUUCUCGGAUGUGUCACUACCAGCAUGGACAUAUUAAUUCAUACUUGAAGCCCAUGUUACAACGUGACUUCAUCACUGCACUACCAGAACAGGGCUUGGAGCAUAUUGCAGAAAACAUAUUAUCUUACUUGGAUGCUCGAUCACUGUGUGCAGCAGAGCUUGUGUGCAAAGAAUGGCAGAGAGUGAUUUCAGAAGGCAUGCUGUGGAAGAAAUUAAUAGAGCGAAUGGUGCGUACUGAUCCAUUGUGGAAGGGUUUGUCCGAAAGAAGAGGGUGGGAUCAAUAUCUCUUUAAAAACAGACCAACAGAUGGACCACCAAACUCAUUCUACAGAUCUCUGUAUCCCAAAAUUAUUGAAGAUAUCGAGACAAUAGAAUCAAAUUGGAGAUGUGGAAGACAUAAUUUGCAGAGAAUUCAAUGCCGUUCUGAGAAUAGUAAAGGAGUUUACUGUCUUCAGUAUGAUGAUGAGAAGAUAAUUAGUGGACUGCGGGAUAACUCCAUCAAAAUUUGGGACAAAACUACUUUGGAGUGUCUGAAAAUUCUAACAGGACAUACUGGAUCCGUACUUUGUUUACAGUAUGAUGAGCGAGUCAUAGUAACUGGUUCUUCAGACUCCACUGUAAGAGUUUGGGAUGUGAAUAGUGGAGAGGUGUUGAAUACUCUAAUACAUCAUAAUGAAGCAGUUCUUCAUCUUCGGUUCUGCAAUGGCUUAAUGGUAACCUGUUCGAAGGAUCGGUCAAUUGCUGUUUGGGAUAUGGCGUCUCCAACAGACAUAACACUGCGCCGUGUUCUAGUUGGUCACCGUGCAGCUGUUAAUGUAGUGGACUUUGAUGACAAAUAUAUUGUUUCUGCUUCUGGUGAUCGAACAAUAAAGGUUUGGAGCACCAGUACUUGUGAAUUUGUUCGCACACUUAAUGGACACAAACGUGGCAUUGCUUGCCUACAGUAUAGGGAUCGGUUAGUUGUGAGUGGCUCUUCAGAUAAUACCAUCAGAUUAUGGGAUAUUGAAUGUGGAGCAUGUUUACGGGUUUUAGAAGGACAUGAAGAACUUGUCCGUUGUAUAAGAUUUGACAACAAGAGAAUUGUCAGCGGCGCAUAUGACGGGAAAAUAAAAGUUUGGGAUCUGCAGGCUGCUUUGGAUCCCCGUGCCCCAGCAAGCACUUUGUGUUUGCGUACUUUGGUGGAACAUUCAGGACGCGUAUUUCGUCUUCAGUUUGAUGAAUUCCAAAUCAUUAGCAGCUCCCAUGAUGAUACCAUUUUGAUCUGGGAUUUUCUAAACGUUCCUUCAAAUGCUCCAAAUGAUACACGUUCUCCGUCUAGGACAUACACUUACAUCUCCAGAUAGCAUUGUGCACUUUUCUGUCUUUACCAGGGAUUAGCUACGCUGAACUACUGUACUGGAUCUGUGGAUACUGCAAGAAGCUCGUGUAUGAGCAAUUAUUGGAAAUUGUUACUGGUGGCACGCAGAAGCAAGCGUUUCAUCAACAAAUAACCUAUAUUGACCCUAGUUCUUCUAUCUACAAGAAUUUACACCCCACUUCAAAAGGUUCAUAUUAAAGACCACCUGUAUAGUAACUGAAUCGAGAAAUCUAAACCUUAAAAUAUAUCAUUUUUAUGAGAACUGGACAUUUGCUGGGGCAGUAAAUGCGAAAGGUUGUGACCUCAUUUUGUUUUGCACUUAGUGACUUUCAUAAAGAAUGUUUUCCAGUAGUGAUUGGGUGCCAAACAUAUCCAAAUUGUACUAUGUAUUUGCUUUGUUUGUUCACCUUUAAACAAACUGUUUUUGUUUAGCAUGUAUGUAUUAAGAAAUUAAACUGUAUUUGCCAAUUA